CCAGCAAGCAUUAGGGCUGAUUUCAGUUUCGGAAAGUUUACGAAUCCAGAACAAAACAAAUGAGGGGUUGGGUAUUUAGCCCCUAAAAGUUACAACUAUCUACCCCUUUCCUUUCUCACUCUUUCCUUCUCUACGCUUGUUACUGUUUCUCAUGGCGAUUGGAAUCUUUUGGGCUACUGUCUGUCUUUUGAUAUUCCUCGGAGUUCUGAGUCUCGACGUCAUGGGGUUCUUCGGUAGAGGAAACAAAUUCCAGUUGGAAGGGCGGGUAUACUUCGAUGAUAUACAGUCUUCUCUAACGGGUGAAUGCUAACGCGCGGUUCGUAGACGGUCCUUCUCACCGGCGGGUCCUCCGGCAUGGGUCGCGAACUCGCAAAGAUGCUUUCUGAGCGCGGUGCGAACGUCAUAAUCGUUGCACGAGACAUCAAGAAGCUCCAAGACGCGCUCGAGUACGCAAAAUCCUUCGCCAAACACCCGGGAAGCCAGCGUUUCCAUAUUAUCUCCGCCGACGUCACAUCCGAAGCUGAAAAUGCCCGGAUACUAGCAGAAGCAACGGCCUGGAACAACGGCCAGGUUCCUGAGAUUGUAUGGGCGAAUGCAGGAGCGGCUACACCAGGACUAUUUGUGGAGACAAGUCUUGAGACCAUGCGGAAACAGAUGGACAUUAAUUACUGGGCUGCCGCAUACCUGGCGCACAAGACGCUAAAAGCGUGGCUCUAUCCCUCCACACCUUACCAAACACAAGACAAGAGCAGCAAGAAAAAAUCCGAGGCACCGCGUCACUUCAUUAUUACGUCAUCCUCAGUAGCGUUCAUAAACAUCGCCGGCUAUGCCCCAUACGGCCCCGCAAAGACAGCGCUUCGCGGUCUCGCAGACUCGCUCCGUUCGGAAAUCCUUCUAUACAAUGGAGCAAGGAGAUCGAAUGCAUCCACCGGCCAAACCCCACCGCCUUUCGAUAUCAAUAUUCAGGCAAUCUACCCUGGCACCAUCACUUCUCCCGGCCUAGAACUAGAAAAUGUGACGAAGCCUCAAAUCACACAUAUUCUCGAGUCGACGGAUCCAGUACAAUCCGAAGUCCAAGCCGCAGCGGCCGCGAUGAAGGGUUUGGAGAACGGGAAUUACAUGACGCCCACGAACUGGCUAGGAGAGUUGUUGAGGCUCAGCUCGCUUGGUGGUAGUCCUAGGGACAACAUAAUCAAGGACACCUUAGGGCAGUGGUUGACUAGUAUUGUGUGGUUGUUUGUAGGGCCUGAUAUGGAGGGUAAGGUGUGGGGACUUGGGAAAAAGGAGGGAAUGCCAGUUUUCAAGGAAGGUGGCAAGUGAAUUGAUAGGGUAGAGUCUACUGGCGGCCAGAAAAGGAAGCGAGAAACUAGAAUACCGCAUUGCGUUUGUCCUGCGUAGGACACUCUCAGCCGUCUCAUAGAUAUACUGGCAACAGCGUUUGCUAAUAUGCAUAUACCUAC